UCGAAUUUUGACUUAAUUUAGCCAAUCUAUUUGAUUUGGCCAUAAUUAAAAUCAAAUUGGCUACAAUCGUGAUGCAAUUGGCCAAUUGAUUUUCAAUUUGGCCAAAACUUAAAUAAAUUGGCCAAAUUCCCAAAUUACAUAAUCCACUCAAUUUGUAACCUAAUUUCAUCUCCGUUGGUCCAAACAUCACACCAACCCACUUCCACCAAUAACUCAAUUAGACCGCCCAGGCCCAAUCCAAACUCACCAUGACCCAGCCCAACUCACCUACAUCUUCUCUGCAACAAACAAGAACAAUAGACAACAAUAAUAGCCACCACAUCGACCACAUUCGCGUACAACUCAAAAUCCAUCAACAACACCAAUAUCUUAACCUGAAUCCGACCGACCUCAACCCCAAAACCUUGAAAUCGAUCUGACUCGACCCUUCUCCACGCAUCUCACGCGGGUUUGUGCGAAGAGGGCUCGAGAACAUUCUAGAAGAUCGAUUAGGUGUCAUCCUACAACGUCCAACUCCGCGAAUCUCGGGAUAACAGUACGAUUUUGGUACAUAUUUGGGCAAUUUUGAUUGGUGGGGAGGGGAAUUUGGUUUUUUCAAUAUUCUCGAUUUUCAAAUUCUUCAAAACACUCCCAAAUUUGGUAUAAGUUGGGGAUGGGAAAACCUUAUCAAGAGUUCAAAUUUUGAAUUUCCUUUAGAAAAGAAAUCCCUAAAUUACCCUCAGAUUGGCUUCUAUAUAGAGGAGCCCACUGUUGAGCUGGGAGGGAGGAAUUUUUUUUGGGCUGAGGGUUGAUUUUGGUUCAAAUAUUUCUAAGAAAAAUUUGGGUUUUUUUCUAUCUUCUUCCCUUUUGGGUUGGAAAUUCUUGGGUUGGGAAACUUUUGGUUCCAAAAAGAAUUAGAAAUUUUGGACUCGAAAACCUAGGUAGAAAAUCUCUUUUAGGGUGACAAAACUUUUCUUGGAGAGGAAAAAAUAAGAAAGAAAAAGGGAGAAACGGUCAGCUAGUCGAGUGUUCACGACGGUAUUGAGCUUUCAGGCGGUGGUGGAAAUCCGAAGUUAGCUCGUAGUACUGUUUUGCUGCACCGAAACAGGUAAUAGCCCAUGCCGUUUAAUUUUUGAUUAUUUCUGUUUCAUUUCAAACUUCUGAAAUCCUAAGCUUUUAAUGACAUGAUAUGUUGUUUGUUUAAAUCUCUAAAGUUGUGAACUUUGUAGCUACAUAAUGUACUUGUGUGAUUAAACUUCUGAAGUUAUAAGUUUUAGUGAUAUGGUGUGGUGGGAGUAGCUGUGGAUGGCGAUGAAAGUCGUAGAAUUAUUUUAUAAUAAGUCGUUAUUCUGCUGAAUUAAUAACUAUUUCCAAUUUGACUGCUUCUGGAUGACUUCGCUGUUUUUGUGCCAAUACGGUCCUAAUAGCCUAAUUGUAAUUUUGUCAAAUUUUGUUUGCUGUAGAAUGCUACAAGAUUUCUGUGAUUACCAUGCUAUUUCCAUCGAGUCGAUAUUCUCUCCACAGUCGUUGUGCUUAUUGUCUAGCUUCUUAACUGGUUCAAUCAUCAGUUUGUUCACGGUUUCAUUAUGCAUAUUGAUGUCAAACGUAAGUUUCAAUGAGCACUUCCCCGAUUUAUUGUAAUCAGAGUUGGUAUCUAUGCUUGGGUCGCUAUACAUGCUUUUCCCUUUCCUCUUUCUGGUUGUUCGACUUAUUUUAAAGUUUCUAUUUUUGAUGUUUCCUUUUUUAUUUGACAUCACGAGUAAGUUACUUAUGAGGUUCAAUUACCAACUCUAGUGUAUUUUUCCAUUAAUAAUGUGUAGCUUUAUUAAAGUUUGCAUUUGGUUCACCCCACUUCAAAAGAAAUUACUUGAAAGUUGUUUUUCUCAAGUCCAUUUGUUUCGACUAUGUGGUUUUAUGUGAUUCUUUGACCAAACAUGUUCCUUUUCCCAAUUUUUUGCUUACAAGUUGUGUUUUUCUUAUCAUUUCUCUUCAUAUUUACUGAAACCCGCGAAGUUAGUUUCAAAUAUCUUUCUCCAUCCUAAAAUUCGAUUUACAUGUUUUCAUGAAUUCGUGACAAUCCUAAUUGCUUGACUUUACUAUAUUAUGUAUGCCUAUUUUCCUUGGUAUAUUCAUAUCUUACUUGCACCUUUUGUUUUAUUUUGGGACCACCACAAAUCCUUUUUCAUCCAUAGAUCUAUCAUACCAUUUAUUUGUGCGGCGUUUGGUAUUUUGAAUGUGUAUUGAUCUCAUUUAUCUUUUUCCUUGCAUGUGAAUCCGUUUUGAAGUCCGAAUGGAUUCUAUCCCUAUGCAUCUCUUAGUGGGCCAUUGAGGCCCGCCUUGUCUAUCAAGUCAAGCCCCAACUCGUAAUGUUCUUAAUCUGCCUUAUAUAAUUGCCCUUUUUCCUUAUUGAUUUCAGUAGAUAAUGUACCUGAUUGUCAUUGUAUGUUGUCCACACAAAUUCAAAAGUAUGAUGUUUGUGCUUAAGUUGGUGUAAAAUGGUUUCUCUUACCUAAAUCGCCCUAAUAAAGUGUUUGUGUGGAUUUUCUGUAAAAAUCCUAUUUGGCUAUGAGAUUCUAAUGUUGAAAUAAUUUAUUGUGCACGCCAAAACUCGAAAGUUUGUGUUGACCCUUACCAUUCUCUGUCGAACAUCAAUAUGGCCCUCUUUCCCUUUUGUUGCUAGUUUGCUCAAACCUUAAUUGAUAUUACUUUUGUUUUCUAAUUUGGGAUACCCCACGACUUUCAGCUUGAUUUAUUGAUUACGUUUCCCAUAUGUUAUGUGCAAAUUUGAACUUCUCUCACUCAACUUUGGCUUGGUAUACAUGAUCUUCGUGUGGGUAAAGAUCGAUUUUCUUUAGUUCGUAAUAUCAAUGACUUUCUAGUUUACAUGCAAGUUCACAAAUUCUCUAGAUAAUUUUAUUUCAAAUAAUAAUAAUAGUAAUGGCGACAGUAAGUAUCUAUUUGUAACAUGCAUUCUAGUUCCUUAGUUACCUUUAAGAAAACUUUGGUGGAAUUUUCCUUGGUGCAGUUCUAUCAUUUUGUUAAACCUUUGCAUUUAUUUGGUUGUUGAAGUUUUGUCUUUGAUUAAUUGAAAAAUAGUUCAAACUCAUUUCUUCAGUUACAGUUUUCUUUUACGGUAUCCUUCUGUCUAUGAUCUAAUUUUUGUUCCUCCUAUUAUUUUUUAUUAUUCGUCGCGCCAUUUAUUUAUCUUAUUAAUUUUUUCUUGCCAUGUUUCUUAUCUGCCAUAACCUGGGUGUUGAAUCGCCGCUAAUGUUGCCUUAGUGGGAACCUGAUGGUUCCCUUUAUUAGAGUUAGUUCCUACUUUCUUCCUUAUCACAUGAGUUAAUAUUUAUGUUAUGUUCAGAAGACAUGUUUUGCCUUUUGUAUCGCUUCUUGAAUAGGUACUAAUUUCUUCACUUUUUUUCUUCUUUGCAUGAACUCGCUCGGGAGUCCAAUCAAACUCAUUUUCCUUGCAUUACACAACGGGCCAUUGAGGUCCACUUUCUAGAAGGCAUGGUUAUGAAGAGUCUAAUGAAGAAGAAUGGGUUAAAGUUUCCUUGAAGUGGCUAAGGGAUUUGAAAUUUUUAGGGUUUGAAUUAGCGGAGGGGCAGCCAUGAAGAGCCGGUCUCACCGCCUUCCUGUUGCAAAUCCACAGGAGGACUGGGUUGAUGGUUCAUGGACUGUGGACUGUGUCUGUGGUGUCAAUUUUGAUGAUGGGGAGGAGAUGGUCAAUUGCGACGACUGCGGUGUCUGGGUACAUACACGUUGCGUGCGCUAUGUCAAGAGUGAGAAGCUAUUUGCAUGUGAUAAGUGUAAAAACAAAGCCAGAAGGAAUGAUAGCGAAGAAACUGAGGUUGCUCAGCUACUUGUUGAGUUGCCCACCAAGACUUUGACCAUGAAUUCUCCAUAUCCUAAUUCCGUCCCUAUAAGAAAGCCCUUUAGGCUUUGGACUGAUUUGCCAAUGGAGGAAAGGGUUCAUGUCCAAGGUCUCCCCGGUGGUGAUCCAGCUUUAUUUUCUGGGUUGUCAUCUGUAUUUAGUCGUGAAUUGUGGAAAUGUAGUGGUUAUGUUCCCAAAAAGUUCAAUUUUCAAUAUAGGGAGUUUCCUUGUUGGGAAAAUGAAACAAUAGAGGCUCAUGAUAACUCCAGUGACAAAGGCAAUGAGAUGACUACUGGUAAUGGUGCUGGCACUUUAUUCUCCUUGUCAAAGGAAAACUUCUUGCUUGCACCAGUAGUUAACCCUGUUUCUGAGAAGCCUGUUAUGGAGUCCAACACGGCUAUGGAUUCAGUUGCCACUACUCGUGCAACCAAUGAUGUGAAGAAGAGCACAGGUUUUUUGGGUCCUAGCAUGAUACAAGACAACAAACGUAAGAAAGAAGAGUUUGGGAUGCCCAAGGACCAAAGUGGUAAGAAGAUGUCUAAGGUCGUUGAAAAGGAGGAUUAUCUUAAGAAAGAUGCACAUACUUCUAGACCAGGCCCCGUGGAUGUCAAGACAGAUGUCCAGAGAACAAAAUUUGGAAAUUCAGGGGUGGUUUUGGCUGCUGUUGACAUUUUGGAAGGACCUCGUGUACUGGACCAUGACUCCACAAGCUUUUCUGUCAUUCCAACUUCUAAAGAGCCGUUUUCAAAAGUUGCAUCUUGUGAUGUAUCCAAACGUUGCUCAACAAGUGAAGCACAUCCCCGGGAAGACAAGAUUAGAAACCAUGUUCCUGCUAGAGUUGAGGACUCUCCUAUGGAAAAUGAUGGAGCAGCAACAAAUUUAGAACGGAGUGAUUCUGCUAGUUUACCUAUGACAGAUGAGGUUGUUAGUGAUGCUACCAACAAUAAGGAAGAGGCUGUGGUUCUAAAUCUUGGAACUGAAUCUCAAACGGCGGAGCCCAUGAUUGAAAAUGUUGCAUGUCUUGGUCCUAAUAUUAAGAGGCAGCAUAAUGUCGAAAGUUCAAGUGAUGACAAGGUUAUUUGCUCUUCAGAACACGAGGUUAAAUUGACAGCAGAAGUCCAUGCUGAUCCUGCUGACCUUGAAAGUCAACGUUUACUUCCAAGUGAGGGUAAGUUGGAUAUAACACAAUCAUUGGCGAAACAUGCAGGGACAUCUUCAGGAUGCUUGUCUGAAAAAGCUGAAGUUAAUGCUACCACUAUCGUCAAAUCGGAAUAUAGUGAUUGUAAAUUAAAGGAUGGCAGUAGAAAGACAACUGUUGGUGGUAAUAAUACAACUAAUACUGAUGAAUCACCCAGUGCUCUCUGUCAAUCUAAUCAAGAACCUAAGAUUUCUGAAGUCACAGUAGCAGCAAGAAAGAGUUCAGGACACAAACAAAGUUCAAAGCCUGCUGAAGAUGCACCUAGAUCAAGCUUAGCAGUCGCAACUUCGUUAUCAGCUCUGAAUCACCAUAAAAUAGUUCUAUCCACUGGAAAAUCAUCUUCAGGUACAACAAAGUCUUCUGCUCCUGAGAAUCGAACAUCCUCGAAAGCUCAUAAUCAUGAUUCUAAUGGUAAAGUGAGGGGAAUGUAUGGGAGCAAUCUUAGUAAUAAAAGAGAGAGGUCGUCAAUGGAUGCUGGUAGGGAUGAGGAGAGGCGUGAAAGACCAAAAAAAAUGUUGAAAGAGCACUCAAAGUCAUCAGUUGGUUCGGCUUCGAAGACAUUGCAGUUGACCAAGCUCUCUCAUGCUCCAGUGAAGAAAACAGUAUCAGAAGCAAAGGAAUCAGUCUCCACUUCUGCUGCAAAAACCUCUAUUGUGCGUAGUAACCCUGCUAGUUCACGCUCUGCAGAGUCUUCUACCUCACUGCAAAGUGAGAGUGCAGCACACAUACAGAAUAAAGCUACAGGUCUUCACUUGACACAAAAAUGUGAAAAGAUAAACCAGCCAAGUUGCCAACCAUCUUCUAAAGUGAAUACACACCAGAUGCAUCCUCCACCUUCAUCAUCUCCUCCACUAAGUGAUGAAGCGCUUGCUCUGCUGCUUCAUCAAGAACUUAAUAGUUCUCCUAGAGUUCCUCGAGUGCCACGGAUGCGUCAUGCUGGUAGCUUACCUCAGUUAACCUCUCCAACAUCUACAAGUAUGGCAAUGAAGCGAACAUCUAGCGGUGGCGGAAAAGAUCAUGGUUUGACAUCUAGGAGAAAGUCAAAGGACAUAGGCAAAGAUGGUUCAAACUGUUCUCAGGAGGUGGUUCAGAAAACUAAGAAAUCUGAUAGAUCAACUUCUCCUGUUUGUAGGAGAGAAGAAGAUUCUAUUAGUAAGAGAGAAGGAGAUGCUGGAUCUGCAAAAAGUGUGCAAUCUCUGAAGAAGAGUAGCACACUUGCCUCCAAUACUUCAGCAAGUAGUAGUUUAUGUUCCCUAAAUGAGGCAAAUGAGCAGAACCUGUCUUCAAUGCACAAUUCACCAAGUGCAGCUGCUGAUGAUGAUGCAAAAGUGGCUGGACAUCCUUCACAUCAGACAUUACCAGCUUUGAUUGCUGAGAUUAUGAGCAAAGGACAAAGAAUGACUUAUGAAGAGCUCUGCAAUGCAGUUCUUCCGCACUGGCCGAACUUGAGGAAGCAUAACGGAGAGCGUUAUGCAUAUUCAAGUCACUCUCAGGCUGUCCUUGAUUGCUUGCGGAACCGAAGUGAAUGGUCUCGCAUGGUUGAUCGGGGUCCCAAGACCAGUACAAGUAGGAAGAGACGCAAACAUGAUGUUGACUCCCAAUUUACUGAAUCUGAGGAUAACGAAGAUUGCAUGGAUAGAGCUGCAAAAGAUGUCAGGAACAAAACUUUUGAAUCAAAACAGGAAGAUUUUCCCAAAGGCAAGAGGAAGGCAAGAAAGCGCAGGCGAUUGGCUCUAAAAGGAAGAGGCAUAAAGGAUGUCAGGAGGCGGCAUAGGGCUAAGGUUAUCAGUGAUGAGGAAAUUGGUUCAUCCUCUGAAUCUGGUAGGGACAGUAUGUUCAGCGAAGAUGAAGCACAAGGAGAUGAAACUUCUGCUGGAAAUGAGGCCUCUGCUAGCUCUGAUGAUAGGGCAACCGUGUCAUAAUUUGUGUUAGGUUCUUUUUCAUUUCUUGGGGUGUUUAAUACAAGACAUCUAUCGUUAGAUAAACUGACUCACAAGUCUUGUUCAGUGGCACUGAAGUUAUUGUUUAUAGGAUGUGUCAUUGACCGAUAGCUUUGGGCUUUGGCCAUGUCAUGUGCCGGUCCUAUUGCCAUGUUUGUAUCUCUGUGUCCUUGCAUAGCUGCCUGUUGAUAUUCAUGCACUGAAUUGUAGAUGGAAGUCCUGUACGGAAGCCAUAAGCUGCUGUAAAUAGUUUAGAUGCUGAACUGCAGUUUGCAACCCUGCAAGUCGUGGAGCUUAUGUAGAGGGAAAUUUGAAACUGAUGUUAUUCCUUUGUUUUUAGUUGAUGUUUGGUUUCAUGGUACGGAGCUGGUUUGUAAAUCUGUAAACCCCGUUCUAGAACUAAUAUCUGUAGCCUAAUUUGACAGUGCAGCAAAAAGACAGUUUUGAGUUGGCCUGGUUCUUUGAGUUAUCACUUGACUAAGGAAGUGGGUUAUAUCUUUGUUCAA